AUGACAAUUGAGGAAUUGAUCGACGACUUUCCUUUAUUCAAGGCGAGUCGUUUAAACUCACUCUACUCAGCAUUUCAAAAGAAUAAACAACUUAACCCUGAAGGGUACGAAGCCAACAUUCGAGCGUGGAAAUCUUUGUUCAACAAGAUCAUUGCUACAGAUGCAUUGAACCAAGAUAGCAUUCUUUCUAUUACUACGUAUCAACCAAACUUGGCAGAGCUGUUAGCACUUCCAAAGUAUGGAACACCUAAGAACCUCGAUAACAUAUUGCAGGAAUUUAUCGAUACCGGGGUUUUAAUCCCAAAUUCUUUAUAUACGAAUGCUAGAGAAAAUUAUCAAACAACUGUUAGUGGUCACUUUGGAAUUUUGGGAGUAUUGAAUUGGAACAACUGGCUACAAUGGAGAGCACUAAAGGGAUUCAAAGUCUCCGAUAGCGGAAAAUUGAAAAAUGAACGAUACAUACAUUGGGAUCAAUUAGUUAAUAUUGGGAAACAAGUUGCGAGAUUAAUCAGUGAAAAAAUUGUAGAUAAUGAUCCAUUUUUGGGGGAUUUGUUGACGUUGGAGAUGCUAAGGGAAAAGCUUGAACAAGUUAUCAAGAACGACAAACUGGAGAAACCAUUUCAUUCUUUGUCCUUAUUGGAUUUGAAAAUCUUGCUCAUCUAUUGGGAACGUGAAUGCGACCAAUGCAAUUCUAUCAACAUCAAUAAUAAUACUUUUAUUAAAUGGAGCCCGGAGAAAAUGCGCAACGAAGAGAUUAGCAUUAUCAAUAUUAAAUCAACAAUGCUAAAUCUUGAAAAAAGACAACAUGAGUUGGAAGAUCGAAUCGGAAAAAUCGAUUACAAAUGUGUUUUAAAACUUGACGCCGAGCUUCGAAAGUCGAAAUUAUCACAAUUGAUGCAAAAGAAAAAGUUUUUGCUCAAAGCAUUGAGCACAACCAAUAGCCAGGUUAUGGAAGUACAAGGGAUCUUGCAUAAAUUAGAAAAUGCACGAUUCAACUUGGAUUAUGUCUCGACGCUUAAAGAAAGUAGUCUGGUUAUGCAGAAGUAUAAUAAACAAGUUGUGUUGGAAGAUGUUGAGAAAAUCCGUGAAGAUCUAGAUGAAGAAAUGGAAAAAAUCGAAGAAGUCAGUGAUGUCCUUGCUGGCGGAAAGCCUAUUGUUGUUGAUGAUGUUGAUGAUGAUGAACUCGAGCUGGAGUUGAAUCAAUUGCAGAACGAAUUCGAAAAUGAUAUCAAGAAUAAGCAAACGGAAAAGAAAGAGAACUCAGUAACAGAUUCAAAUACAGUUUCAAUCGACAAUAGCAAUUUAGUCAAAACUGGAGAUGCACAUAAUAAUGAAUCGAUGAUGAAGGCAGCAGCAGCUGUUGAUGAAAAACGUAAAGAUAAUGAGUCAUUAGGAAAAGAGCAGGAAGCGUUGGUUGAGAAGUUGACUAAUAUGAGUAUUGAAGAGAAUGGUACCAAUCCUUCACUGUCGGAAAACACAAAACAAACAGAACAAAGAGAACAAACAGAACAAGCAGAACAAGCAGAACCUCUACUAAUAUAA